AUGGCCCCGACUUGGAUCUUUGAUCGCGUCAAAAAGCUAUACACGAAACAGACUGAUGACUUUCCACCUGUGAUAUCGGUCAAUUCGGCCGCCUUGCUUUCUAUGCUGGUUACCUUGGCAUAUGUACUGCCAUUCUACAUCUCAAAGACGACACGGCCGUCUGCCUCUCUUAGCCGAGAUGCACCGUCAGUCAUUCGAAGUCGGGUUCGAGCCGUCACCCUGGCCUGCGUGGCCAGCACUUUAUUUGUGAUUGCCCUCGCGUCCCUGCAGGACAAUGUCUCGUUGCUAGAAACGCUCAAACUGCUUGGCUGGUGGCCCAUUGGCUUUUUGGAGAUUGCUCAGAGCCUCCUUUUGACGGCAGUUCUUUUCAGCGGUCCUCUUUUCGAAAGAGGUAUUGCAGAAGGGGACUGGAAGUCGUGGAUCCGGGGGGAGGGCCUUUCCGAGACCCUACGCAGCUGGAUCGGCUUUCGUAACUUUGUCGCCGGACCAAUCACGGAGGAAAUCACCUUCCGCUCCAUCAUCAUCUCUCUGCACCUACUAGCAAAAAUGUCCCCCGGACGCAUCGUCUUCAUCUCGCCUCUGCACUUUGGAAUCGCUCAUGUCCAUCACUUUUACGAGUUCCGUCUCACCCACCCCGACACCGCAGUGACCGUCGCCAUCUUCCGCUCACUCUUCCAAUUCGCCUAUACCACCGUUUUCGGCUGGUUUGUCGCAUUUGUCUAUCUUCGCACUGGGUCUCUGCCGGCUGUGAUUCUCAUCCAUAGUUUCUGUAACUGGUGUGGAUUGCCUCGUCUUUGGGGCCGUGUUGAAGCUGGUAUUCCUAUUGGACCGCCACUCGUUCGGGCAAAGGACGAUACUGAAGUCAGUCAGUUCCAGGUGGCAGAUGGUAGGUUAGAUAUCAGCUGGACGGUGGCAUACUAUGUGCUUCUCGUUGCUGGCGCAGUCGGCUUUUAUUAUCUGCUGUGGCCCCUGACCGAGUCGUCGUUGGCGCUGGCCUCUUUUCACUUCUGA